GUGGCGCGAUCACAUCCUGGCAACGCUGUGUACACACAAACUAGUCCCUAGAAAAAAGAUGAAAAAUCAAUAAUUAGUUUCCUUCCCAUUUUUUGUAACUUUAGUACCGGGAGAUUUAUCGCGUUCCUUUCUUCUAGUUCACUGGGAUUAGCGAGCAUCGAGGGAGAAAUGCCGCGCAGACCACAGAGACACAUGCCUGGGAGUGGUUCAGAUGGAACUGAAGACUCAGACUCCUCCGCUGAAAGAGAGCAGACCAACAGUUCAGAAAGUGAUGGAAACAUGUCCAAGAGGCAGCGUCUCACCAGAGCCUCCACACGCCUUAGCCAAAGCUCUCAGGACGCUCCAGACUUGAAACGAGCUGCGGACCAUGACGAAUCUCCGCCAUUGACGCCCACGGGAAAUGCCCCGUCCUCCGAAUCUGAGCUGGACAUCUCCAGCCCCAACGCGUCUCACGAUGAGAGCCAGGCCAAAGACCAAGCCAACAGGGACUCCGAUAAAGACCUCUCCCAUCGACCCAAGCGCCGCCGCUGUCACGAGACCUACAACUUCAACAUGAAAUGCCCCACGCCGGGGUGUAACUCACUUGGUCACCUCACAGGGAAACAUGAACGUCACUUUGCUGUAUCAGGUUGUCCUCUUUACCACAAUCUUUCUGCUGAUGAAUGCAAGGUGAAAGCUGUCAGUCGUGAGAAACAAGAAGAGGAGGUGAAAGCACAGGAAGAAAACCACUCACGCCAUGCAACUCGUCACCAGACACCAACAUCGAAACAGAGCAAAUACAAAGAGCAGGUGGCUGAGCUCAGGAAGGGGCGAAACUCUGGUCUGCCGAAGGAGCAGAAAGAAAAGCACAUGGAGCAUCGGCAGACGCACGGCAACACCAGGGAACCUCUGCUGGAGAACAUCACCAGUGAAUAUGAUCUGGAACUUUUCAGGAAAGCUCAGGCCCGUGCAUCUGAAGACCUGGAGAAGCUGCGUAUCCAGGGUCAAAUCACAGAGGGCAGCAACAUGAUCAAAACCAUCUUGUUUGGCCGCUAUGAGCUGGACACCUGGUACCACUCCCCCUAUCCUGAGGAGUACGCACGUCUGGGUCGCCUCUACGUCUGCGAGUUCUGCCUCAAGUACAUGAAGAGCCAGACCAUCCUCAGGCGACACAUGGCAAAGUGUGUGUGGAAGCAUCCUCCAGGAGACGAAGUUUACAGAAAAGGAGCAAUAUCCGUGUUUGAAGUAGAUGGCAAAAAGAAUAAAAUCUACUGCCAGAACCUGUGUUUACUUGCCAAACUUUUCCUGGACCACAAAACGCUGUAUUACGAUGUGGAGCCUUUUCUCUUUUACGUCAUGACCGAGGCCGACAACACUGGCUGCCAUUUAGUGGGAUACUUUUCUAAGGAGAAGAAUUCUUUCCUGAAUUACAACGUGUCCUGUAUCCUGACAAUGCCUCAGUACAUGAGACAGGGCUUUGGCAAGAUGCUCAUUGACUUCAGCUACCUGCUGUCCAAAGUGGAAGAGAAGGUGGGCUCACCAGAGAGGCCUCUUUCUGAUCUGGGCCUCAUCAGCUACCGUAGCUACUGGAAAGAAGUGUUACUCAGAUACAUGUACAACUUUCAAGGCAAGGAGAUCUCCAUCAAAGAGAUCAGUCAGGAAACUGCAGUGAAUCCAGUGGACAUAGUGAGCACCCUGCAGUCUCUUCAGAUGCUCAAGUACUGGAAGGGAAAACACCUGGUGUUGAAGCGACAGGACCUGAUUGACGAGUGGAAAGCGAAGGAGAUCAAGCGAGGCAACAGCAACAAGACCAUCGACCCGAGCUCCCUAAAGUGGACCCCCCCCAAAGGGACAUGAGCACUAAGAACCUCAGGCUACUGAAUGAACUCACCUCCAGCCUCACCAGCCACAAGUAGCCUCGACCUCUGAACUGUCAAUAAAAAUCAGUGGGUUUUUUUCAGCUUUUUUUUUUUAUUCUCCUGCUUAAAUCUACUUAUUUUUUGUCAUGAAACUUUUUUAACUUUUAUAUUUUAGUUUCAUUCAUAUUUUAAACACCAUACGUUCCAAGUUGAUGAUUCUUUACCGAGAUAUCGUCAAACAGUCAAUGCUAGAAAAUCUGUUUUUCCUGUUUGUUUUAAAACUGUCAACCAAGCUUUGAAUGUUAUAUGGUAAAUGGUCCAGUGUGGUGGAUAACAUGAAUGUUCUGCUUUACUCUUGCAAAAAAGAAACGAAAACAUACCUAUAUUUGGCAGAUUGUUAUUAUUUUUUAUUUCUUUUAAGAAAUGUGCAUUUUGAAGAUGGUCGUUACUUGAGUUUGGAAUUAUUACAGUCGUCGUUGGCAUGAACUGAAGCUGCAAGCAGAGUGUAUUUCAAGGAAUCAGAUAUAUGCAGCAUCUUCUUUGGUGUAGAAUUGUAUAGAUCAUAGUCAGGUGUAUUUUCUUCCCCCGUAACUCCGUCAAUACAGGAUUCGGAUCCACUCCUCAGAUGAACCUGCCAAAUAAUGGAAUAAUGGAUUCAGAUAUUUUUAAUUUGCUGAGAACCAGAUGGAAAUAUUGCCGAUACCACUGCGAGAAUGCACAUUGAAAUAAUGCAACCUCAGGUUUUUAUAUACGGAUACAAUCAUACCUUGCUUGUGUGGUUUCUCUGAAACAUCGACCCCGGAGGUUGUUGCAGACGGAUUUAUUCUGGUCAAAGACUCUGUAACAAAAGCAGAAAACAGUUUAAUGGGAUAAUCUUUGCCUUGUACUUUGGAGCAUAGCUGUUUAAUGUGUAUUAUGGAUUUGAUAUUUUUUAAUAUCAAUAAAGCUGCAUUGUUAUUUUGA